AUGGCACUGUCUCUUGUUAAUAUCGGCCUCGUGGUUGUGGGUCUAAUCGUGGGUCGGGUGGCCGCCGCUGUCGCCAGUCCUGCUCCCCACCAAAGCACCUGCAGAAACAUCCCCGGUGACGCACGCUGGCCCAAGUCCGCGGAAUGGGAUCGCCUGAAUGCCACUGUGGACGGCAGGCUGAUCGCCACAGUCCCCAUCGCCCAGGUCUGCCACGACCCGACCUUCUCGCCCGAGGAAUGUGCCCAGGUUGAGGGGCAAUGGAAUGCCGCGAUUGUCAUGACCACACGGCCUGCCGAGAUUAUGACCCCUUGGUUCCAGAACCAGUCGUGUGUAGCCUUUAGUGACCGCUCCACGCCGUGCGACCUGGGCAACUACGCAAGCUACUCGAUCCGCGUCAGUAAUGCCGACGACGUGGUCGCGGGCAUUGGAUUCGCGAGGAAAAAUAAUAUUCGCUUGGUGGUAAAGAACACGGGUCACGACUUUUUUGGGAAAAGCACCGGUAAAGGCGCACUCUCCCUCUGGACUCGGAACCUACAACACAAAGAGCUCGUCCAGCACUACAAUACGUCGUACUACCGCGGCCCAGCCAUCAAGAUUGGCGCUGGCGUGAACGGCAAGGAGGCCGCGGAAUUUGCAGCCCAGUAUGGCUACCGCUUCGUGGUAGGUUCGUGCCCGACCGUUGGUGUCGCAGGCGGUUACACUCAGGGAGGCGGGCAUUCAUUCUUAUCCGGACUUUACGGUCUUGGUGCCGACAACGUGCUCGAGUGGGAGGUGGUGACCCCCACAGGGGAGCGCUUGGUUGCGACACCAACGAAAAAUUCGAAUCUCUACUGGGCGCUGAGCGGUGGUGGUGGCGGCACCUACGGCGUCGUCAUCUCCAUGACAUCGCGCGUGUUUUCCGACGGCCAGAUCGCACUCGCUAGCCUCUCUUUUAACACUACCACCGUCGGCGGGGAUGACCCCUUCUGGGCCUCGGUCGGCGUGCUCCUCUCCCAGCUCCAACCUCUCGUGGACGACCACGGCGCCGUCGCCCAGGUGUCCAUGACCCACUCCAUAUUCUCCAUCUUCGGCCUCAUGGUGCCCGGAGCCGACACACACGACCUCGCUAACCUCCUCGCCCCGCUCCUGACCGCCUUAUCGCAGACAAACUCAGCCCUCACCAGCUCGGCCAUAUCCCUGGUCAUAACACACAAUUCAACCUACGCUGGUUUGGUCGCCGCCAACGUCGAGGCAGUCACCGAGGCCAUCACCCUUCCCCCCGUGAUUGGCGGCCGCUUCAUCUCCCGCAGCAACUGGGCCAAUAACGCUACCGCCAUCCUCGCCGCGCUUCGCAGCACCAUGGCCAACGAGCGGUUUGUCGUUGCCCUCACCGCGCUAAACACGCAGUCUGCGGCGCGCCUGGCCAAGCCUAUUGCGCCCAACGCCGCGCCACCCGCGUUCGCCUCCGUCUACCUCAGCCUGAUCGUCACUUCCAUGUGGGACUGGCACCGGUCGUGGGCCGACGCCGCGCCGCUCCAAGCCGAAUACUUGGAGGUGGUCCGCCCAACUCUCGAGGCGGUCACACCCGGCGCCGGCGCGUACGGCAAUGAGGCCAACUGGCAACAACCGAGAUGGCAGGACGUGUUUUACGGAUCGACCUAUGAGCGGCUGAAGGGGAUCAAGGCGCGAUAUGAUCCCGAAGGCUUGUUGUAUGGGUUGACGGCCGUGGGAAGUGAGAAAUGGGCCGCGGAUGGGCAGGGGAGGUUGUGUAGGAAAUAG